AUGCUCCGCUCUAUGCUAUCCAUUCGGCCAGCGCUCUUCAUGCGUCUUCCAAACUCACGACUCUUAUCCCAAGAAGCGCGCUCAAAGAUACAACAGGCCGUUUCUGGGUCACCUGUUGUUCUGUUCAUGAAGGGCUCUCCUGCUGCUCCAGAGUGCGGUUAUUCUCGGGCCGUGGUUCAGAUUUUGGGUUUGCAACAAGUACCUUCUGAGAAAGUCGUCACCUACAACGUCCUCGCCGACCCUGAACUGCGAAAUGGAAUCAAAGAGUUCUCUGACUGGCCGACCAUACCUCAGCUCUACGUAAACGGGGAAUUCGUUGGUGGUGCUGAUAUUCUCCUCUCAAUGCACCAAUCGGGAGAGCUGGAGACUUUGUUUGAGAAUGCGAAUAUCAUUCCCAAGAUUGAGGGAGAGCAAGUCCCUGUGCAUGUUGCUUCUUGA